ACUGGUCAGCUGCACCUCGUCCCACAAAUAUGCACACAGCCGCGGUGGAGCUCAGCUCCCGCACAUUUGUUUCCCUCCCUUCAUUAUUCAUCCACGCAAGUCCGCAAAGCGGCCGAGGCCGGAAGCGAGUAUGGACGUCGAGAGAAGCAGCAGCGACGCCGCAAGGGACACGCCGUCGUCGUCCUCAUCGCAGGCCGGCCUGGAGACCGUGGAGAGGCGGCGGCGCCUUCCAGGCCGCCCCAAGAGCUUCGUGCCAGCGGUCUGCAUCCUGGCCGCGACCGUGCUCGCAGCUGUCGUCUUCUCCGCCGACUCGCCCUGGUCCUUCGUCCAAGAUGCACCUCCAUCCGACCUCACCGCCGACCAGCUCCUCGACGGCCUGCUCACCGCAGAAUUCAGCAAGCGGUCGUGCCGGAGCCGGUACGAGUUCGCCAGCUACCACGAGAAGAAGAAGAACACAUCGCAUAAACCAUCCCCCUACUUACUUGGCAAGCUCCGGAGGCACGAAGCCCUACAGAAGCGGUGCGGCCCUGGCACAGCCCCGUAUAGGGCGGCGGUCUGGCAGCUCAAGUCCGGUAAGGGCGCUGCCGCCACGGACUGCCGCUACCUCGUUUCCAUCAGCUACCGCGGCCUCGGCAACCGAAUGCUCGCCACCGCUUCGGCCUUCCUCUACGCCGUGCUCACGGACCGUGUCCUCCUCGUCCACCAGUACAAGCAUGAUGUCAGCGCCCUCUUCUGCGAGCCCUUCCCUGGGACGACGUGGCUGCUACCCUCUGGCUGGAGUUUCCCUUUGGGGCACCUCAGGGACUACGGCAUCGGCUCCAAAGAGAGCCUCGGCAACAUGCUAAAAGCCAACGUCAUCUCCGUGGGUGGCGACGGGAACGCGUCGUGGUCGGACGGCGGUGAUCACCGGCCACCGUUCGUCUACCUGCACCUCGAGGGCGGCUACGACUUCCACGACAAGCUCUUCUACUGCGACGAGCAUCAGCGGCUCCUCCACGGCGCGCCGUGGUUGCUGAUGAAGACGGAUAGCUACCUCGUCCCGGGGCUCUUCCUCGUCCCGUCAUUCCAGGACGAGUUGGGCAAGAUGUUCCCGGAGAAGGACAUGGCGUUCUACCACCUCGGACGGUACUUGUUCCACCCGGUUAACGACGUCUGGCGCGCAGUCACCAGUUACUACCGCACCAACCUCGCGGGCGUUGGCCAGCGUGUCGGCAUACAGAUCCGGGUGUUCCAGAAGAAGCCGACGCCGCUACAAUACAUACUGGACCAGGUCCUCUCAUGCGUCCGCAGGGAGAAGCUUCUCCCGGAGAUCACAUCGUCGUCCAUGAUCAACGCAUCCGACCAGGUUAUCCUGGUCACUUCUCUGAGCGCGUGGUACUAUGAGAGGAUCAGGGAAGAGUACGGCGGAGGCAGGAUCACCGGCGGCGUGCACCAGCCGAGUCACGAGGGGCGGCAGAAGUGGGGGGACACGUCCCACGACAGGAGGGCGCUGAGCGAGAUGUACCUGCUCAGCACCUGCGACAUGCUCGUCACCACCGGCUUCUCGACGUUCGGGUACGUCGCGCAGGGACUUGGCGGGAUACGACCGUGGAUCAUGCCCAGCACACCCAUCUGGUCCGAGUCCGACAUGGCCGAGACAAAGGAGGUGCCGGAACCACCGUGUGUGCGAGCGAUGUCCGUCGAGCCGUGCUUCCACUCACCGUCCUACUACGACUGCACGGCGAGGAGGGACGUGGAUGUGGGGAAGGUGGUUCCGUACGUGCGGCACUGUGAGGACGUGAGCUGGGGGAUCAAGAUUGCCAACCAAAGCAGCUAGCCAGUGGUAACUUGUAGGGAAUAUAUAUAUUGUCUCAUAUUAGGCAUCACAGGUUCUAGCUAGGUGGUUAAUCUAGCUAGUGUAGAUGAAACAAAUAGAAUUGUUCCCCAGCGCGAACACCCUCCACCUGUACGACAAGACA